AUGCCCCACCCCUCUACUCCCUUCCCCUCCAUCCCUCUCACCUCCCCCUCUAACCCCUCCUCCCUCCCCCCCCACCAGCCCUGCUUCCAGCACUACAACCGUCCCUCCCCAGCGCUCCUCUCCUCGCUGCGCUCACACCACCUCCUCCCACCCGCGGGUCUCCCCCUCUUCCACGCCAACUGGAUGCUCAGGCGCCCGCCACCUGUCCCGCUCCUGCCACCUGGCGGGCCCGUCUCCGCUGACGUGGCAGCUGAUGUGGCAGCUGACGUGACUGCUGUCGUGGAGGCUGCUGGAGAAGGGGCGGCUGGUGAAGUGGAGGAGGAUGGAUUCGCGGGGGUGAGGGGUAUAGUUGGGGAGGACUGGGUGGUGGUGGUGGCGUUGCCACCUGGCGCGAUGCUGUUGGAUAGAAUACAGGAGAUGGUGGAUGAGAUAAUCCAAGACAACUGGUGGCACGGCCGGGUGGUUUAUUUUCGAGGAGGCAUGGGCGUGCAGGAAGGUGAGAUGGGGAGAUGCCAAGGGGAUGGAGCAAGGGCUCUCUUUUCACGCGCACUCCUCCUCAUCGCGCCACCAGGGGAGGCUCUGGAUUUGAUUCUCUUCAUGCCGCCUGCUGCUGUCGUGCUCGAGAUUCAACCCUCCUCCCAUCCCUCCUCCUCCCACCGCGCUCUCUCUCACUCCCUCUCCCUCCGCCACCACACUCUCUUCUGCAAGCUUGUCAACCCGGGGGCGAGUGAGGUAGGGUGGACGGUGCGGGAGGGGGUGAAGUACAAGUGGGUGGUUGGGCCCUCCACAUGCCCGGCGCCGCACGUGCCCGAGGAAAUUAAAGCCUUUGAAGGAUCGGCUAAGACACGACUUGAAGAGGCUCGGGAGAAGGAGAGGCUAGUGAAAUCUCAGCUGAAAAAGAAUGAGAUGGGAGGAGCAGCAGCGGAGGCAGAAGCAUCAAAAGCAGCAGCAGCUGCGACAGAAGCAGCAGCAGCAGCAGCAGCAGCGGUGGACCUAUCCCACCCCUGGCUGCCCUUCAACGCAUCAGUGUUCUGUGAGCGGGUGGGACAGGGCCGGCGGAUUCUCUUCCUGGGAGACUCCAAGCAGUACCAGAUGGUGCAGGUGUUUGUGAACCACAUGGCGUGGGGAUGGAAGGGAAAGAGGAAGCCUGCGAAAGAGUUGGUGAAUCUGGAGGAGCGGCCAAAGGCGUGUGCGGAUGCGCUGGGAGGGAAUGCAGCUAAAAUGGGGCACGAGUUCUGCCAAUGGUGA